CGUAGCAGCGCGCCAAGAUUCGUGGAGUUGUGGCGCUGCGCGGACGGCUUCACGAACCUAAUCCAUCUCUAGUAGGUCACCUGCAGAGAUGGCCCCCAUCCUUCACUUUUACGUCCGUCCCUCUGGCCACGAGGGGGCAGCCUCUGGACAUGCUCUUCGGAAACUACAAGAUAAACUGCCAAAGCUUCAGAGUGUGGAGACUGAGCUGUGCUACAACGUGCGCUGGGCAGCUGAGGCCCUUCCAGGGGCUGAGGAGAUGAAGAAGUUGAAGUGGCUGUUUGGUUGCCCUUUGUUGCUGGAUGAUGUUGCUCAGGAGUCCUGGCUUGUUCCUGGCUCCAAUGACUUGUUGCUGGAGGUGGGACCCAGGCUGAAUUUCUCUACUCCAACAUCCAGCAACAUUGUUUCUGUGUGUGAGGCUGCUGGGCUGAGACUUGUGGAUCGGGUAGAGAUCACCAGGCGCUACCGGCUUUCGUUUGCCCACCACCCUACAGCCGAAAUGGAGGCCAUUUCUCUGGCUGCCUUGCAUGACCGGAUGACAGAACAGCAGUACCCUGACCCCAUCCAGAGCUUCUCCCCUCAGAGCAUCCCAGCCCCACUCAAUGGCACCAUCGACAUAUUAGCUGAGGGUCGGCUUGCCCUGGAGAAGGCCAACCAGGAGCUAGGUCUGGCCCUUGACUCCUGGGACCUGGAUUUCUACACUAAGCGCUUUCAAGAACUGCAGCGGAACCCGAGUACAGUGGAGGCCUUUGACUUGGCUCAGUCCAACAGUGAGCACAGCCGACAUUGGUUCUUUAAGGGCCAGCUCCAUGUGGACGGGAAGAAGCUUGGACAUUCCCUAUUUGAAUCCAUCAUGAGCACUCAGGCAUCCUCCAACCCUAACAAUGUCCUCAAGUUCUGUGACAACAGCAGUGCAAUCCAGGGGAAGGAAGUCCGAUUCCUCCAGCCUGAGGACCCUACACAACCAAGCUGCCUCCGGCAACAACAGGGGCUUAGACAUGUUGUCUUCACAGCAGAGACACAUAACUUCCCCACAGGAGUGGCCCCCUUCAGCGGAGCGACCACAGGCACCGGUGGCCGCAUCCGAGAUGUCCAGUGCACGGGUCGUGGGGCCCAUGUGGUAGCUGGCACUGCUGGCUAUUGCUUUGGAAACCUGCACAUCCCAGGUUAUAAUCUGCCCUGGGAGGAUCCAAGCUUCCAGUAUCCUGGGAACUUUGCCAAGCCUUUAGAAGUUGCUAUUGAGGCCAGUAACGGAGCAUCUGACUAUGGCAACAAGUUUGGUGAACCCGUGCUGGCUGGAUUCGCCCGAUCCUUGGGUCUACAGCUCCCGGGUGGUCAGCGGCGUGAGUGGAUCAAGCCCAUCAUGUUUAGUGGGGGCAUUGGGUCCAUGGAAGCCAAGCAUGUGGGCAAAGAACCCCCAGAGCCAGGCAUGGAGGUUGUGAAGGUUGGGGGUCCCGUCUACAGGAUUGGAGUUGGGGGCGGAGCUGCUUCAUCUGUGCAGGUUCAGGGGGACAACACCAGUGACCUGGACUUCGGAGCUGUGCAGCGGGGAGACCCAGAGAUGGAGCAGAAGAUGAAUCGUGUGAUUCGGGCUUGUGUGGAAGCCCCGGGAAGAAACCCCAUCUGCAGCCUCCAUGACCAGGGUGCCGGCGGCAAUGGUAAUGUCCUAAAGGAGCUGAGUGACCCAGCAGGAGCCAUCAUUUAUACCAGCCGCUUCCAGCUGGGCGACCCAACCUUGAACGCACUGGAAAUCUGGGGGGCUGAGUACCAGGAGUCAAAUGCACUUUUGCUGAGGCCCUCUGACCGGGACUUCCUGAGUCGUGUCAGUGCCCGGGAGCGCUGCCCCGUUUCUUUUGUGGGCACAAUCACUGGAGACAAGAGAAUCAUGCUAGUGGAUGAUCGUGCAUGUCCUGUGGAAAAAAGUGGCCAGGGAGAUGUCUCCCUGACACCUCCUCCUCCAACCCCUGUGGACCUGGAGCUUGACUGGGUUCUGGGAAAGAUGCCGCAGAAGGAGUUCUUCCUCCAGAGGGAAGCCCCCGUGCUGCAGCCUCUGGUCUUACCUCCGGGGCUGAGCGUGCGCCAGGCUCUGGAACGAGUUCUAAGGCUACCUGCUGUGGCCAGCAAGCGCUACCUCACCAACAAGGUGGAUCGCUCUGUGGGUGGCCUUGUGGCCCAACAGCAGUGUGUCGGGCCCCUGCAGACGCCUCUGGCCGAUGUGGCUGUUGUGGCACUGAGCCACCAGGAGCUUGUAGGGGCUGCCACAGCUCUGGGAGAGCAGCCAGUCAAGAGCCUGCUGGACCCCAAGGUGGCUGCCAGGCUAGCUGUGUCUGAAGCCCUCACCAACCUGGUGUUUGCUCUGGUCACUGAUCUCCGGGAUGUGAAGUGCAGUGGGAACUGGAUGUGGGCAGCCAAGCUCCCGGGGGAGGGUGCAGCUCUGGCUGACGCCUGUGAGGCUAUGGUGACAGUGAUGGCAGCCCUGGGUGUGGCAGUAGAUGGUGGCAAGGACUCCCUCAGCAUGGCUGCCCGGGUUGGCACCGAGACCGUGCGGGCUCCUGGGUCGCUGGUCAUUUCAGCAUAUGCUGUCUGUCCAGACAUCACAGCCACGGUGACCCCAGACCUCAAGCAUCCUGCAGGGAGAGGUCAUCUACUGUAUGUGCCCCUGAGCCCUGGGCAGCACAGGCUAGGAGGCACAGCUCUGGCCCAGUGUUUCUCCCAGCUUGGGGAGCACCCUCCUGACCUGGACCUCCCCGAGAACCUUGUGCGUGCCUUCUGUAUCACCCAGGGGCUGCUGAAAGACCGCCUUCUUUGCUCAGGCCAUGAUGUCAGCGAUGGAGGGCUGAUCACCUGCCUACUAGAGAUGGCCUUUGCUGGAAAUUGUGGGAUAGACGUGGAUGUGUCUGCCCCUGGGAUCCAUGCACUGCCUGUGCUGUUUGCCGAGGAGCCGGGCCUGGUGUUGGAGGUACAGGAGGCAGAUGUAGCCGGAGUAUUGCAGCGGUACCAGGGUGCUGGCCUACACUGUCUGGAACUGGGCCACACAGGCGAAGCUGGGCCCCAGGCCAUGGUCCGAGUGUCAGUGAAUGGGGCCGUAGUUGUGGAAGAGCCUGUUGGGCAGUUGAGAGACCUUUGGGAAGAAACGAGUUUCCAGCUGGACCUGCUGCAGGCAGAGCCACGCUGUGUGGCAGAAGAGAAGCAGGGCCUAAAGGAGCGGACAGGACCCAGCUACUGCCUGCCACCCACCUUUCCCCUUGCCUCUGUGCCUUGUCAGCCUGGUGGUCCCAUCCCCCGAGUCGCCAUCUUGAGAGAAGAGGGCAGUAAUGGAGACCGAGAAAUGGCUGAUGCCUUUCACUUGGCUGGUUUUGAGGUGUGGGAUGUGACCAUGCAGGAUCUUUGCUCUGGGGCCAUCGGACUGGACACAUUCCGCGGUGUGGCCUUUGUGGGUGGCUUCAGCUAUGCAGAUGUCCUGGGCUCUGCCAAAGGUUGGGCCGCUGCAGUGACCUUUAAUCCACGGGCCAGGGAAGAGCUGGGACGCUUCCGCAGGCGGCCAGACACCUUCAGCCUGGGAGUGUGUAACGGCUGUCAGCUGCUUGCUCUUCUGGGCUGGGUGGGAGGUGACCCCAGUGAAGAGCAAGAUGAGUCAGGCCGCGACUUCCAACCAAUGCAGCCAGGCCUCCUGCUCCGCCACAAUCUCUCUGGGCGGUUUGAGUCCCGAUGGGCCACCGUGCGAGUGGAGCCCGGGCCAGCCCUGAUGCUUCGAGGGAUGGAAGGCUCUGUGCUGCCUGUGUGGAGUGCUCAUGGGGAAGGUUACAUGGCAUUUUCUUCUCCUGAACUCCAAGCCAAGAUCAAGGCCAGGGGCUUGGUUUCUCUGCACUGGGCAGAUGAUGAUGGGAACCCCACAGAACAGUACCCCAUGAACCCCAAUGGAUCUCCAGGGGGCAUAGCCGGCAUCUGCUCCCGAGAUGGUCGCCAUCUGGCCCUCAUGCCACACCCUGAGCGGGCUGUGAGACCCUGGCAAUGGGCUUGGCGCCCCCCUCCCUUUGAUACCCUGGCUACCUCCCCCUGGCGGCAGCUCUUCGUCAAUGCCUGGAACUGGACACAGGAGGGCAGCUGCUGAGGAGGCUGCAUGACCUCCCCGGCCCACAGCUCUGCCUUCGAGGCUGCUGUCCUCUUUCCCCAUUGCCUUCAGGAUGUCCCCACACGAUUUCCGGAAGCAUCUUGGACAAACAAGAACCAAAAUGCUAGGGACAUCUCAGCUGCAUCGCUUGUUUUAGCCUCGUCCUUGCAGGAGCUGCUGGCGGUCCUUGAGUGUCACAGGAGCCUCCAGCAAGCAGCCUCAGGCUCCAAGGACAGCCGACGUACAGGGCAGUUCUGCUGGCACUCCUUCCCAGUGACAAUCACCAUGCUGCCUCCCAUUCUCUCGAUUUGAGCUCUGAACAAGGUUUUAUGUCCCUUUUCUCUCUUUGCUUUUUUGAGACAGGCUUUCAGUCUGUAGCCCAGGCUGACCCUGAACUUGAUCCUCUAGCCUCAGCUUCUCAGGUGAGUGCCACUGUGCUUGGCACUGGUUUGGGGUCUCAGAGUAAUGUACCAGCCCCUCCCAGCCCCUCCCAGCCCCAUUGCUUUAAUCUGAAAAGAGCAGAUCUCUGGAUCCCUUUGUAGAUAUGCUCUGCUAGUUGUGAGGAAUUGUUGCUUCUGGCCAUGCUUAAGGUUGACCUGUGCCUGCCUCGGACCACAUUCCUGAUGAUUGUGUCAUCUAAGUAGCUGGCUCCUUCCAUUCUACUGGGGUACUACCUCUUGUCAUUCAUUCUAUCUUGUUCCUUGAUCGGUGAUGUGCCAGCACUGGUCAUGCCCUGAUGGAGUUCAUAGUCUUAAUAGAAUUGAAAUAAUAGCUACUUAGCUUGUACCACCAAGCUGAGUAGGUGCUGGGUAAUUUAUGUGUCUGAAUUCUCAUAAAAACUAAGAAAGGUACUUGAGGCAUUUUCCACUUAACAAAGGAAAGUUUAAUGAUAAACUGUCUAUGAUAGGUCACAACUUGAAAGAGACAGCAAAGAGCACUGCUCACCCAGCUACAUCUGCUUCUGAUCAUCCUGAGGUCACAGGUCACAUUUCCUAGAAGCAGCUGUUCUUGCUGACAGCCAUCUCCCAUCAUCCUUUGCUUCCUCCCCUCAACAAAUGUGUUCAGAAGUCACUUGUAUGCUAGAGUCAGGUGGUCCCCUAGGAAGUUCCACAUCAUGAUUAAAGGAGUUUCCCUGUAAA